AUGUGCUGAACGAGUAGGCCAGAUGACUAAAACAUACAAUGACAUUGAUGCUGUUACACGUCUCCUUGAGGAAAAAGAACGGGAUUUAGAAUUAGCUGCUCGAAUUGGCCAGUCAUUGCUGAAGAAGAAUAAAACUCUUAGUGAGAGAAAUGAACUUCUUGAAGAACAAGUAGAGCAUAUCAGGGAAGAGGUUUCUCAACUGCGUCAUGAGCUGUCCAUGAAAGAUGAGCUUCUUCAGUUUUAUACCAGUGCUGCUGAAGAAAGCGAGCCAGAUUCCCUCUAUUCAACUCCAUUGAAGAGGAAUGAAUCAUCUUCAUCUGUCCAGAAUUAUUUUCAUUUUGAUUCCCUUCAAAAGAAGCUGAAGGAUCUCGAAGAAGAGAAUGUUGUCCUUAGGUCAGAGGCCUGCCAGCUGAAGACUGAAACCAUUACUUAUGAAGAGAAAGAACAGCAACUUGUAAAUGAUUGUGUAAAGGAGCUCAGAGAUGCAAAUCUUCAGAUUGCCAGUAUUUCAGAAGAGUUAGCUAAGAAGACUGAAGAUGCUGCCCGACAACAGGAAGAAAUAACCCAUCUUCUCUCUCAGAUAGUGGAUUUGCAGAAAAAGGCAAAAGCUUGUACCGUGGAAAAUGAAGAACUUGUCCAACAUUUGGGAGCAGCUAAAGAUGCCCAAAGGCAACUCACAGCUGAAUUACGAGAGCUGGAAGAUAAAUAUGCAGAAUGUAUGGAAAUGCUUCAUGAGGCACAAGAAGAACUGAAGAAUCUUAGGAAUAAGACAGUGCCAAAUGCUAUAUCACGCCGUUACCAUUCAUUAGGCCUUUUUCCAAUGGAUUCUUUAGCUGCAGAAAUUGAAGGAUCAAUGCGAAAAGAACUGCAUCUGGAUGAUACUGACUCAAACCAUCACAAGAGAGUGUUUGACACUGUACGAAACAUCAAUCAGGUAGUAAAGCAGAGAUCCCUAACUCCAUCGCCAAUGAACAUCCCAGGAUCUAACCAGUCUUCCACAAUGAAUUCAAUCAUUUCUAGCUGUGUCAGCACACCACGAUCUAGUUUCUAUGGAGGAGAUGUUUCCAGUAUUGAGCUAGACAAUAAGAUGAAUAGUAUCAUCCUAGAAACUGAAUCCACUGAAUCUAGAGAUGAAGAGAAGAACAAGAAACCAGGAACACCAGGAACACCAGGUUCUUGUGACCUGGAAAAAGCCCUUCAAAGGUUGUCCCUUCGGAGGGAGAAUUACCUGUCAGAAAGGAGGUUUUUUGAAGAAGAACAGGAAAGAAAGUUGAGAGAAUUAGCAGAGAAGGGGGAGCUCCAUAGUGGUUCCAUUACUCCAACAGAGAGUAUUAUGUCAUUUAGAACACACUCCGGGUUUUCUGAAUUUACUGGCUAUUCAGGAAUAUCUAUCAGCAGUCGUUCAUACCUCCCAGAGAAGCUUCAGAUUGUGAAGCCCUUAGAAGGUUCUGCCACACUGCAUCAUUGGCAACAGCUUGCUCAGCCUCAUCUAGGAGGCAUCCUUGAUCCAAGGCCUGGGGUUGUUACUAAGGGCUUCCGCACUCUUGAUCUUGAUCUGGAUGAAGUGUAUUGCCUUAAUGAUUUUGAAGAAGAUGAGUCAGGUGAAAUUACAUACAAAGGCUUAACUACCUCGACACCGAUUCAGCACGCAGAGACCUCAG